UUAUUAGAAUACCGCACAUUUCUUACAUAUUCAUAAACCACGAAACCAUUUCUAAUUUUCCCUUUAUUCUCUUUGAUAUUCUUGAUCAAUCCAAUUAAUCAUCACCAUGCACCCACAAAUCCAAGACUCUUAUGGCAAGUAUUCAAACUCAUCAUCCUCAAUACCUGUUUCUCACCCUGCUCCUGUUACUGGUAUUCCUGUGAAUCCUUCUCCCCAAUACGAGAAUCGCCAGUUUCCCCUCCAUGACCUUUACCCCCAUGGACGUGAAGGAGCUUGGUCCUCAGGCCUCUGUGACUGCUGCUCCGACGUCAAAAACUGCUGCAUAACAUGUUGGUGCCCCUGCAUCACCUUCGGACAGAUUGCUGAAAUCUUAGACAAAGGAACCACAUCUUGUACAACUGGUGGAGCAAUUUAUGGGUUGCUUACAUGGUUGACUGGGUGUUGUGGGUGGAUUUACUCCUGUACCUAUCGAUCCAAACUAAGGCAGCAGUACAUGCUUCCGGAGAGCCCUUGUAAUGAUUGUUUGGUCCAUUGCUGUUGCGAGACUUGCUCCCUUUGUCAAGAAUACAGGGAACUCCAAAGCCGUGGAUUUGACAUGUCCAUCGGUUGGCAUGGAAAUGUAGAGGGACAAAAUCAUGGAGUGGCAAUGGCAGCUCCGACGGCACCGGUGUUUGAAGGAGCGAUGAGCCGAUAAAAUGGAUAUUAAUUACCUACUCAUAAUUAAUGUAAUUAUUAAUUAAGCCUCUUAGUCUUGGAUUGUGACGUUCUUAUUACGAUUAUGAUAAUAUUCAACGUCUUCCUUAUUUAUUUUUCA